UCCUAACUGAGCCCUCUACGGUGGUGUUCGGUUAUCAGAAGGACAAGAUGGUUGUCGUUCAAGUUAUUAGCCGUUUUUCACGACACCACCUCCCUGGACUUUAUGUUGUGACUACACAGCCUGUACAACGAAGGUAUCAGUGUAGUGAUGUACCAGUUAAAAAGUUCCCUCCACCAGGGACUAACUUGCCAUCUUUAAAACGAGGAACAGGGGGUCGGUCUUCCUUCAAUGGAAUUGUUGCAACUGUGUUUGGAGCCUCUGGAUUCUUAGGAAGGUAUUUGGUAAACAAGUUAGGGAAGAUUGGUACUCAAGUUAUAAUCCCAUACAGAGGAGAAUCAUAUGAUAUUCUCAGACUGCGCAUGUGUGGAGAUCUAGGACAGAUACUUUUCUUUCCUUUCCAUCUCAGUGAUGAAGAGUCAUUGUAUAAAGUGAUGAAGUAUUCAAAUGUUGUCAUUAACCUGAUUGGGCGUGACUUUGAGACAAGGAGUUUUACUUUUGAUGAUGUGCAUGUUGAAGGACCUAGAGCCAUUGCAAGGAUUGCUAAAGAUUGUGGGGUGCAAAGAUUUGUGCACAUGUCAGCAUUGAAUGCUGCUGAAAAACCAAAACCUGUAAUCCUGAAAUCUGGAUCACACUUCUUGGCUUCAAAGUGGGCUGGAGAACAAGCUGUACGAGAAGAAUUUCCAGAAGCUAUAGUUUUUCGUCCAGCAGAUAUCUAUGGUCACGAAGAUCGUUUCUUACGAUAUUAUUCCCAUUUCUGGAGAAGAAAUAUUCGUCACUUGCCUUUGUGGAAGAAGGGAAAGGAAACUAUUAAACAGCCUGUUUUUGUGUCUGAUGUAGCUGAGGCUAUAGUAAAUUCUAUUUUUGAUCCUGAUGCUGUUGGAAAAACAUUUGAAGCCGUUGGACCUCGACGUUAUGAACUUGGAGAAUUAGUGGAUUGGUUCCAUCUUCUGAUGAAGAAAGACACUGAUUGGGGCUACAAACGCACUGAUCUCAGAUAUGAUCUAAUAUUUCAGACAAGAAUAUUCCUCACAGAAAAGAUAAUAGGAAAAUACCCACUGUUAUCAUGGGAACGAGUUGAAAGGGAGCAUGUGACUGACACUCCUACUCGUGGAGUACCAUCCCUCGAGGAUCUUGGCAUCACUUUGACAUACAUGGAGGAUCGUGUGCCAUUUGAGCUUCGACCCUUCCGUGCUUUGGCAUAUUACGAUGCUGAGCUGGGGGAAUUUGAAAAGCCACCAGCACCUCCAGCUCCAGUUAUGUGAAAGGAAUAAAAAAUCAUGCAGUAGUUAAGGCAAGAAGUCAUUAUUGUUCUUGGAAAUUGUGUGUGUGUGUACAGAUUUGAGCAUAAGAAGUAUUUAUGUAGGUAUAGCUUAAGCCAUCUGUGAGUAAUCUGUCUUGAUUAGGAAGUUAUUGUAACAUUAACCUUUGUCCUAAAGAAAUUUAUGCAAGUUAUACUUAUGGUUUAAUAAAGUGGUUUGACAACAUUGU